AUGGCUAAACGAAAUAGACCUUUAGCAUUAUUUGUUGCUAUUUCAUGGGUAUUUACAGUUGCAAUUAAUCUUGUUAUGUUUACUAUAUUAUUUCUCUAUUAUUAUGUAAUUUUUCCACAAUUAAAUAUUUUACUCAUUCGUUCUCUUCAACAAACACCAUCAAUAACAACAAACUCACUUGAUAUUCUUCAAUCAAAAUAUACAUGUUGUGGAAUUAAUAGCAAAGAUGAUUACAAUAAUCUUUCACUUGAUCUAUUGCCUUCAUCAUGUUGUCGUGUAUCAAAUUGCUGGCGUGAUACUAGUAUUAAUAAUAAUAAUGGUUCAAAUAAUACAGUAUCAUUGAUGCAUACUAAUGGUUGUUAUCCAAUUAUUAAUAAAUAUAUUACUUUUGAAUUUUGGAUAAUUGGUGGUGUUACAAGUCUUUGUGCUCUCUUACAGAUAUUAGCAAUUACAUUCAUGUGUAUUUUAAAUCAACGUUAUCAAAAAUCUGAUGAUAAUCAAAAAUUUGUGAUUAGUCACUUAGGUACAGAUUCAUCAUUCAAUGAAAAUAUUAAUAAUAAUAAUAAUAAUAAUAAUAAUAAUAUACAAGAUUCAUCCAAUACUAUUGAAGAAAUAGUUGAAGGUUAUACAAUGUUACGUAUACGUGUGCAAUAUAUGAUGUGGCAGUUUUCUUUAUAA